CAUGCGAUAUCCUUAUCACUUAUCGUUAUCAUACUUGUUUUGUCCAUGGGAUGCAUACCCUCUAUUCCAUGGUUAACCUCUUGUUUGGCUUGCGUACAUUUUGUUCGUGUGUGGUAGACGAAUACUGACGAAACGCGUUUUUGCUGUAGGUUGUAGCGUGAUUCUAUCAUAAUAUUACAUUUUUGUGAAUCUGUACGUCUAAUUAAAAAUCUAUUGUUUUGUUUGAGCUUGAUAUUUUCCGUCUUAAUUUUCGAUUGAUUAUGGCUGGCAGAAGUGUAUUCAAUGACUUCGAUAGCAGGUAAACCGCAACGAUUGCGACGACUCCCGCCGUGUUACUUGGCACGGUGGUUUUAAUUUUAUUAUUAUUAUUAUUAUUAUUAUUAUUUAUUUAUUUAUUUAUUUAUUAUUUUAACAAUAUAAAUUAUUCGCAUUGUUGUCGGACAUAUUACGUUCUCUCCGGCAUGUUAUACCGGCGCUCGUGACGUCCGGCAUCGAUUUUAACUUUGGAACUUAUAAUGGAAACUGUCUAUUUUAAAGUCGUUGGUACUAGGUGACAUACCGGAAAGGUUCGUUUGUUCGUUCGUUGUGGACAAGCUUUGGUUUGGCACAAAUGCCUGCCACUCGAUGUAUUUCAUCAGAGUGGAUAGGUAAAGUAGUCUAUCCUAUCUACUAUGAGCUUAUUGCAUCAUAAUAUAUAAAUAUUAUAUAAUAAAUACCAACAUUAACGUAGUAAACUAUCUUGCAUCAUUUAAAAUUUGGACACUAUCAGUUCUAAGUUUUUAUUCAGGGUAAUACAAAGAAGUUCAAUUUUAAUAUUUUAAUAGCCAGUGGUACUUGCAAAUAGAGUUAGGUUGCGUUAAAUUACGUUAAAAACAUGGCAUGUACAGCUUAUUUUACAUUUGAAAUUGGCAUAUAAUGUAGUACAUAACAAUAAAAUAGGAGUAAAUAUUUUGAUAAAACCAUGUAUAUAUGGUUUUGAAUGCAUUAAAUAUGUAUUAUUCAAAUGUCAAUCAAGACAUUAAUUGCUUAAGCAUUGAAAUUUAUAUUGUGUAAUAUGCCAAUUUAUUCAUAGUACAUGGUAAAUUUAAAAAAAAAAUGAAAAAGAAUUUAAAAAAACCCGCAAAAGGGCUUUGAAAAAAGUUAAACUUUUUUAAGGAGUAUUAUUUUAUUUGUUUUAAUCAAGUGUGUGUCUGUUAGAUAAAAUCCAAAUUUAUUUUCAAUUAUACUUGAAAUCAUUCAACAAUGUUCACACAAUUCAACAAUAUAUAAUUGUAUAACUGAUUAAAAUUAAAAACAAUUAAGGUUCAUAUAUUAUAAUGCAACCUGUUGAAAUUAAUAAUAAGUAGUGUUUAUUCAAUUUUAUUUAUUUACUUUUAAAAUUAAUUGAAGUUACAAUUUUUUUUAAGAAGUUUUAGCAAACCAUUACCUAAUGGUCCACCAUUUGUGGCAUUCCUUGGAAAUCUACCACAAAGAAUAACACAAGGAGAUGUCGAAAAUUUAUUUCAUAGUAGUGAUGUAUGAUUUAUUUAUUUUAAAAAUAAACAUAAUAUUGUCAAUUAAGUUUCUAUUAUAAUUAAUUUUUUUUUUUUUUUAUGUAGUUGCAAAUAAGAAGUGUACGUUUAGUUCAUGAUAAAGAGACUGAUCAGUUCAAAGGUUUUGGGUAUGUUGAAUUUGUUACUUUAGAACAUCUAACCCUUGCUCUUCAACUGGAUGUCUACAUUGAAGGACAAAAAAUUAAAAUUGAUGUUGCAUCUGGGAAACGAAAUGAUAGAGGAGUUAGAGGUGGUCGAGGUGAUUAUUAACAGUAUAUAUUUUAAAAAAUUGCCAAUCAUAUUUAAAUUAAUAUGUUAAGUAAAAUUUGGGUUGGCACUCAAUCAAAACUGGAUAGUUGAAACAAAUAAUUUAACUUGUCAAUUAACCACAAAUUAACUUUAGUUUUUUUUAAUGUUGUGACAUUGGAUACACUGUUUAUUUAUUAACUAUUGUGUUUAAUAUUUAGGUGGUUUUUGAAUUUAUAAUUGAUAAUAUUAUAGGUGCUAUUUAACUCGCCAUGAGUCGCAUCACUGUCUUUUAGAUUGUGAGUUUAUUAUUUUACUAAUUACUCAUUGUGAGUAAUUUACUUUAUUUUGUGCAAUUUGACACCUUUAAUUUACAUGCUAAGCUAUUUUUUAAAACUAUUUAGAACAUUAAAUUUUUGUCUGUCUAAUUUAUAACCAUUUUUAAAAUCAGUAAUCUGUCAAAAAUACUGUGUGCCACUAAACUCUAUCAAUUUUGUUAGGUAUUAUUUUCACCGGCGCCCAAUUUUAAAUGAAAGAACCAACAAAAACAAUCUAUCCAGUCACUUACCUCUUAUCUCUUCAAAUAAAGUUACAAUAUUUUUUCGUUUAGUUUUAUACGCGUCACGUUAUUCAUUACAUGGUUAUAUCUGUAAUUAUUAAUAAUUUAUCUUCACAUUAAGCUUUAGCAUAAUAGUUCCAUUAAUACCAACUUUUAUUAUAAAAUAUAAUAAAUAAAUGACGUAUAAUUUUUGUAAAUCAUUAAGAAAUGCAUUUGUACAUAAAAUGUUUAAAAAAAUAUUGGAUAUAAGAGAACAGUCAAAAAGACUUUAUGUGACCACAUGUGUUACAAAUAAUGAUGCGACCCAUGGCGGGUUAAUAUGUUAACAAUUUUUCUAAAUUAUAUUCAAUAUUCUUAUUCAUAGAGAAUUGUAGUAAAAAUUAAAAAUAGUUAAAUGCCCCUAAGAUUUAAGAAAGAUUAAUUAUAUUUUAAAUAUUUAUUAGUUUUAAUAGUAAAACAUUAAUUGACCAUACUUAACCAAUCAAUUGAUUAAAACCAAUUUGACCAAUCUCAGCUUAACCCUAAUUAAGAUAAUACAAAUAUAAUUGACUUGUAUGUAUAUAAAAUCCUGUUUUUUUUUUUUAUUUAUGCUAUACUUUCAAACAUAAGGAUUUUUCAAUUGGUGGUUUUGAAUUUGAAAUAAAAGUCUGAUUUCCAACUAUUUUUCUAGAAAAUUAAAAAAUAACUAAUGAAAAAUGUAAAUACAUUGCUUUCAUUUUUAUUGGUUUCUGUGUUCAUAGACUAUGAGGAAUAAAUACACGAUUAAUACUGCAACUCUUUACCUAAGCUAAACUUAGAUUUGCUUUGAUUGCAAUGGCUCAUCAUUAUUAUCUUAACCUAACCUUUCAGUUUAUUUAAUAACCAUAUAUAUUCUAAAUUUCUUACCUAUUCUAUGAUGCAAAGGUCCAGCUUUAUUUAAUUUUUUUUAAAUAAUUAUAAAGUAAAACUGGAUUAAAAUAAUUGAUCUAAAAGUUUUUUCUCAUUUCAACUUAAAUUUUUGUAUUUAUUUAAUUUGUUUUAAGUAUUUACCACUUGAUAAAUGUAAUGUUAUUUUUGUUUUAUUUUAAUAUUAUUUAAAAAUCAUGAUUUUAGGUGGUCCACCAGGAAGUUUUAACAACAACCCUGGAAUGCGAAGUCGUUCUGAUGAUUUCACCCAAAAUCCAGGUUAGUUAUUUGUUUUUCUGUUGUACUCUACUACAAGUUGUUUGUAAAGUAAAAAUUAGUAAUUAUAAUUGAGCUCACGAAGUCCUACUAGUUAUUUGUAUGCAUAACUUAGAAUUUUCCAAUUAAUUUAAUGGUGAAUUAACAGAUUUAAUUUACUAAGGAAUUUUGUUGUUUAUAAAUAUUAAUUUAUUUCUAUGAUUAUUCAAAGCUGUUCACAAACUGAAAAUUUUUGCUGAGAAAAUUAAAUGAGAAUUAUGUAUUUAAAAUCUAUGAUCUAUGAUUAUUACUUAUAGCUGUUCAAAAACUGCUGAAUAGUUUUUAAUGAAAAUGUAUGACAAUUUUUUUUUUUUUUUUUUUUAAAAAAAAUUAAUUUGAAUUAGCAAUAGUUUAUGAAUUACACAUUGAAGCUAUUUGUAAACUAAAUUUAUUUUUCAUGGUGAUUUAUGUAAUACAAAAUAAUGUAAAGUAUAAUUCUAUGAUUAUUCAAAGCUGUUCACAAACUGAAAAUACUUGCUGAGGAAAUUGUAUGAGAAUUAUAUAUUAAAAUACCUAAAACUUAUCUAUAAUUAUAACUUAUAGCUGUUUACAAACUAAAUUAAAUUUCAAGGAAAAUUUAUAAAUAAUUUGUAAUAUUAGUUUUAAAAUACAAAAUUUAGUUAUUCACAAACUGAUAUAAUUUGAUGUUACAAUUAGUUUUAAUGUACAAAUUCAUUCUGUGAUUAUUUAUAGCUGUUCACAAACAGAAAAUAUUUGUUGAGAAAAUUGUAUGAGAAUUGUAUAUUAAAAAAAAAUCUAAAACUUAUCGGAGUAUUAAUUUAUAAGGUAAAAUUUGUUUUCUGAAAAAGUGUUACACUUGAUACAUCAAAGCAAAAUUUGUAGUAAAAAUUUUGUACAUUAUACAUAUAUAUAUAUAAAAUUGAAAGCAAUACAUUCAUUGCUACGCUCUGAAUCUAAAACAAUAAUUUGAAUUUUUAUUAGUUUACUAUUUCAAGUUCAAGAUAUUGUAAACUUAAUUUAUUUUUCAUGACAAUUGAUGUAAAACAAAAUAAUGUAAAUUAUUAUUCUAUGAUUAUUUAAUGCUGUUCACAAACUGAAAAUAUUUGCUGAGAAAUUUGUAUGAGAAUUUUUUAUUGCACAAUUCAAAACAACUAUCUAUGAUUACGAUUAUAAAAAUAGGAAUACAAUACAAUAAGUUUUAUGAUUAAUAAUUUAAAAAUAAAACUAUUCCAUAAACUGAAUUACUUGCUAAACAAAUUGAUUAAAAAUCCACAAACAAUGUAAAAUUUAACCAUAAUUCAAUGAUUAAUAUUUUAAGCUGUUUACAAACUGAAUAUAUUUGCUGAGAAAAAUUAUGAGAAUUAUAAUUAAUAUAAUGGGAUAAGAUUCAUAUACUUGAUGAUUAAUAGUCAAAACUUUUAUUAAAGACAAUAUAAAACAAAUUAAAAUUAAUAUACUGAUUUAUUAAAAUAAUCAAUAUUAGGUAAAAUAAUAUUUAUUUGUAUCAACAUUUAUUGUUGAAUUUCACUAUCUAUUUAUUUAUUUAUUUUCCAGGUUUCUCUGGUGGUUUCCGUAAUCAAAAUGAUGGAAUGGGAGGUAGAGGUGGUUUCAUGGACCAAUCUGGUGGAAAUCGCGGAGGAAUGAACAGGUAUCAAGAUGGUGGAUCUCGAGAUUUCAAUCGGCCUAAUAUUAAUCAAUUUCCGGGUGGAAGUCGUGGCGAUCGCCGACCAGAUUUUGAAAACUUACCACCACCACCAAGUUAGUUUUAUUAAAGUUGGAUAUUUUAUAAUAUUAAAUAACUCAAUGUUCAAUAACUUGAGGUGUAAGGAGGAUUAAUGUAAAGAAUAUAACAUUGUGAUAAAUGUUAUAAAAAAAAUAUUGCAAAAAUAAAAUUAAGUUUGACCAAGUAUUAAGAUUUCAUCCUUAAAAUUUAGCUAUGGGAAUUUAAAAAAAAACUCAAGUUAUCUUGUUUCCAUUGGCUAUUUCUAUAAAUUACUAUAAAGUUAAAGUGCAUAUAAUCUAAUAUCCUUACUAAUACUAUCUAUUUUAGUUUCAACUUACCAAAACUAACUGUAUGUAUUUAUUAUAAAUUAAUCUAGUUCUAAUCUAGUAUUAGUAUUUAUUCACACAUUUACAUUAUAAUGAAAAUUUAUAAUUUAUAAUAAUAUUAUUAGUGAUUUGACUUAAUUAAGACGAAUUGAUAAUUUCCAUAUAAUAAAUGUGGUCACUAUGUUGUUUUUUCCAAUUUUAUAUUUAACAUACAAAAUUGCAAGUUGUAAAUUUAUCAUCUCAAACAUGUUGAACAAAUUUAAUUUUAAAAAUUGAUAUAUAUUAUAGAAAUAUAUUGUUGUCAAAUAUUUUUAAAACUAUUUUCUGUGAAAACAUGAUGUCAGAGCAUAAAAAUAGUUAGGGAGGGGAUUCAAAGUUGGAACAACCAAAUUACACAUCCCUGAUCAUAAACCAUAUAUAUACAAAAUUUUAUCCUCGGCUUUAUUUGGAGAGGUCUGAUGGGGUGUACAAAGUUUAAAAAGAACACUUUCCACAACAUGGUGAUAUUAAUAUUUAAAGUCUCAACAUUUUUUUGUCAGUACUAUAAAAGAAAAAAAAACAUUUUAAUUCUUGAGUUUGAGCUCUUUUGGUUCAAAUGUAUUAUUUAUAAUAUAACUAACACAAUUCAGUACAAUAUAGUUUAUUUGUAUCAAUUAAAGAUAUUUUAAGAAAUUAAAAUAAAUAUAAGACUUGGAUAAUAGAAUGACUUAAAAAAUAUUUACUGUUAUAGAAAUUGCAUAUUUACAUAAAAUAAUAUUGUCAAUAGUUAUGGAGUAGUACAGCAUUAUUUAGCUUAGCAUUGGGUAAUCACUAACAUUACUAGUAAAAUUAAAUAUUAUUGCAGUGUGAAAUUUCUUUUAUAUAAUAUGCCAUUCUAAUGGAAAUAUUUUUUCAGGUGAUCCAGGCAGACCUAAAUUGCAAUUAAAACCAAGGACCAUAAAAGAACCUCUGAAUCAAAUGGCUGAUACUACUCAGCAUACAAGUAUAUUUGGAAGCGCAAAACCACGUGAAGAAAAAUCUCUUCCUGAUGUUGUGAAAAAAACAUCACCUCACUAAAUAAAAUUUUUUUUAUUUUGUGCCAGAUUAACAUUCUAAUGGACAUCGCUUUUCUGUUUACGAGAACAUGUGGUUUUUUACAUUUUAUCAUUUUUAUACAUAUAGCAAACAAUAUGUUUUUCAUGUAUAAGUCAGCAAUAAGAUAUCCUUCAGAGAAAUAAUUGUUGUCAUAUUUGAAUACAAAAUUUUAAGCUACUCGUAUAUUAUAAUAUUUACUUAAAGUAUGUAUUUAUAUAUAUGUACACUAUUAUAAUGUUGAGUACAAUUAUCGCCUUAACUAUAUUAGUAUAGUUAAUAGUUUUAUUUAUAUUUUAAGUAAUUAGGUACUACACUUUAAUCAAUAAUUAUAGUUAUUAAGUAGUUUUCAUUUAUAUUCAUACAUUAAGAAAUUUGUAUAAAAAUAUUAAUGAUUGCUUAAUUUAAUAACAUACAAUAUAUCUUAUCAUUUAAAAUAUUAUAAAAAAUACACAGUUAAUAUUUUCAACAAUUUAAAGUAUUUUGUUCAUUCAAAAUUGGGCUCCUUCAACUCUGGAUUUGUCACUGAUCUGAUACAUACAUUACAUUCACUAUGUAAAAUCUCUAUUAUAUAAUAUUCAAUAAAUCUCGGGAAUUUUUAAAGUGCUAAAUGUAAUACCUGUAGUUUAUACAAUAUUAAUAUCGG